UACUUCAGACACCUGCUGAGAGGAGCAGAGUCUCCGGCGAGGAACAACAGGAUCAGCAGAAGCUUCAGUUUGGAAGAGACCAGAAACUUCUCGAAGCGAGGGGAGUCGUUCGGGAUCAGCAGGAUUGGCAGCAAAAUCAAAGGAGUGUUCAAGAGCACCACCAUGGAGGGAGCCAUGCUGCCGCCCAGCGCCAUGAGCGACUUCGACGAUGAUCUGGUGGAGGAGGCGACCGUCGUGAUGGAGGACGACUCCCCCGCCGAGCCGGCCAGCACGCCGGGCAGCCUGAGGAACCUGUUGGCCUGGAGCAUCACCAUCCCCUACAUCGACGUGUACGAGGACGAGGUCAAGAGGGAGAAGAUCCCUGUCUUCUGCAUCGAUGUGGAGCGCAAUGACAGGAAGGAAGUCAGCCAUGAAACUGAGAAGUGGUCGGUCUACAGAAGAUAUCUGGAGUUCUACGUUCUCGAAUCCAAACUCACUGAGUUCCACGGCACGUUUGCAGAUGCACAGCUUCCAUCCAAAAGAAUUAUUGGACCAAAGAAUUGUGAGUUCCUCGCAUCAAAAAGGGAAGAAUUUGAGGAAUAUUUACAGAGACUCCUGCAGCAUCCAGAGCUCAGUAACAGUCAGCUGCUGGCAGACUUCCUGUCUCCGUUCAGCACAGAGUCUCAGUUCCUGGACAGGAUGCUGCCUGAUGUCAACCUGGGAAAAAUUUUCAAGUCUGUUCCUGGGAAGCUGAUAAAAGAGAAAGGACAGAACCUGGAGCCCUUCAUCCAGUCCUUCUUCAACUCCUGCGAGUCGCCCAAACCCAAACCCAGCAGACCUGAGCUGACCAUCCUCAGCCCCUCGGCCGAGAACAAGAAGCUCUUCAGCAACCUGUUCAAGAACAACGCCAACUGGUCCGACAGUUGGGAGAGGAAAUACAACCACAACUACUUCAUGGAGAUGGUCACUGUCGACGGCAUGUAUGACUACAUGAUGUACGUCGGCCGGACGGUCUUCCACAUGUCGGACUGGCUGCACCACAUCCUGGCUGCGGGAAGGAUCCUGCUGAAGAACACGUUCGAGGCCUACAUGGACCAGUACAUGCAGUCCAAACUGGAGCAGGUCCUCCAGGAGCACCACAUGGUCUCCCUCAUCACACAGCUCAGAGACGCCGUGUUCUGUGAGAGCAGCGAGGAGCGAACGGCGGAGGACAAACAGAUCAGAGCCAAGCAGACGUUUGAGGAGAUGAUGAAGUAUUUACCAGACUUUGUGGGAAAGUGCAUCGGCGAGGAGGCGAAAUACGAAGGCGUCCGACGGCUGUUUGACAGUUUCCAGCAGCCUCUCCUCAACAAGCAGAUGACGUACGUCCUGCUGGACAUCGCUGUGCAGGAGCUUUUUCCUGAACUCAGCAAGGGAGCGAAGGACGCGAUGAUCAUAUGAAGCAGACAAUGUACCGAACACUGAAUCCUGGAAGUGCAAUACUCCACUAAAGCUCUGGGACCACCUCCACAUUCCAAUGUACAUGAAUGCACUAAUACACAGAUGUAUAUUUAUUGAUGGCACUACAGAGAGCGCUGUCUGUCGUCUGUUCUUCCACCAACAACAGGAACCAUUACCGACACUUAUUAAACACUGAAGUCUGUCCUGAUGGUUUGAUGGCAGAUUCUCCAGGUUCAGGUUCAAGAGCAGAUGUUAGACAGCUGUUUUCUUUGCUGUGAAACUUAUAAAAACCUCUGAGUCUAUAUGACAAAACAAAGAAAUAAAAACAGUUUAUUA